UGAACAGAGGAUCUGUGGAUGUCUGUGUGUGCCGAUCGAGAAGCAGGUGGACGCAGUUGACUGAGUUCGAGAUACAAGACAAGAGGAAAGAAGUCGCACAUUCGUAGCCACGAUGCCAGAAAGUUUUAACGACACGUAUGAAACAGUACAGAGAAACUAUGACAGCGUUCGAAGCAUUUCUUCAUUAAGGAGCUUUCUGCAGAAACUACUUCAACCUAUUAGACCUGCUGGUCGUUGGUGUGUCUCUGGUCUCUUUCGGCAUUCACACGUGGUCCAGUGCAUGUUUGUGGCCAUCAGGACCAUCUGCAACAUCAUGACCAUCACCACGCUGCUGCAGUUCAUGUUUGCUUGUAUCGGAGUGCAGCUCUUUAAGGGGAAAUUUUAUCGAUGCACAGAUGAGGCAAAGUCCAGCCCAGAGGAGUGCAAAGGUACCUACAUUCUCUACAACAACAGAGACACUGCGCUGCCCAUGGUGAAGGAGAGGAUCUGGUACAACAGUGACUUCAACUUUGACAACGUCCUCAUGGCCAUGAUGGCUGUCUUUACUGUGUCCACCUUUGAAGGAUGGCCCACUCUGUUGUACAAGGCCAUCAACUCUAACAGAGAGAAUCUGGGUCCCAUCUACAACUACCGCAUAGAGACUUUCUUACAUUCUAAGAUGUAGUUUAACUACUUAGAACAACUAACUCAACUUGUGAAUGAUUUCAAUUUCCUCCUUGCACUGGUGCGGUCUUCUUGGAUUUUUCUGUUUGCAUGCCUCAGUUCUGCUCCAAUUCGGCACAUAAUGUAUUUCUUUACAAUUUUUUCUUGCAGACUGAAGGCAUGUUCUGGGUGAGCUGCAAUAAGGGUGGAGAAUACCUCGGAGUCUUCCACUUGCUGCCUCAGAGUCUUGCAGAGGCUGCCCUCUUUCCAGGAAGGUGCUGGAGUCGCCAAUAGCUGCAGCAUAGCUGUGGUCAACGUGGUUGACAUGAACCAGCAACUCUUCACAUCUGCUGCAGGAGUAGAUCAUUGGGUCCACCUUCACCUGUCUGAUGAGCCAGCCAGAGAUGUAGGUUAAGACCUCUUCCUGGAUGCAGUCUGACAUCACUGUCUCUGCAGUCAUUACCUCCAUCACCACCAUCUCCUCUGUGAGGUUUUCAUUGUCUGUAUCAUGCUUCAUGUAACAUAUUAAUUAGCAUGAGUUACACCAAUUGAUGAUUGUUCUUAAUGUAUUGUUAGUCCUUGACACUCUUAAUACACAGGCAACUUUUUGUUGAUACCCACCUGUGAGGUAGAUGAUGUUGUGGGGUUCAAGUGACCAUGGUUAGGUCUGCUCUGUGCAUUGCCAAGCAAAGAAGACCCAUUGUCAGCUUGACAGUUGCUCCCCAUGGUGUUGGUCAGCCUAGUAAUGGAGGCACUUUUGAGUGCUGUGGCGAACUCCCGGCUUGUCGGGUUAAACCUGUGUCCACCCUUGCCCCGGAUCACAGAGAACAGAUUCUUUUGGGGGAUAUCAUAAGAAGGCUUAUUAGAGGAUAUAAGAUUAAUUAUGUGGUUCCAUUAUUUUACUAUGUUAUGUAUGUAUGUAUGUAUUUAUGUAUUAAUAACCUCAAGGCAGUCUUGGUUCAAUUUGGCAGUACACAGGAAUUUCAGGUGUUCCAGUUCCUGCCCCAGCUGCUGGACAAUCCGGAUGACACUGCGGAUUGUCAGGAUGAAACCUCGCUUGCAAGGAGGAGUGAAUCUGGGCCUGUAUUAAUGUAACAUUACAGAGAACUUGAUGAUGACUGAUGCAGGAGCUGGCUAACUGGGAGCGUUUUAUUAUGAUCCACAGUCUUUUCGUUACUUUAGUUCAACACCGAGUCAUAAAGAUGAAACAGUUUUGAUGUCUCAGAUUUUGAUGGUGAUGAUGAUGAUUAUUAUGUAAAACCAGACCAUAAUCUUACCAUUUUAUUUGGCUAUUUAUUUUAAUGCACACGGUUACUCUACAAUUCUUUUUUUCUUUUCUUUUUUUAAACCACAUCAUAUGCUCUAACCAACCUGAAGGUCCAAGAUGAGAUCCAUUGAUGACUGUCCAUGAGGAUCUUCAUCUGUUCACCACUUCUUGGUCCCAGAGGCCGGCGCCAUGGAUUUGUGUCAGAACAGCUUCUGAGAAGUAAAGGUUUGCUAGUGAAUCUUGAUAAUCAAAAUUUCACCUACACUGAUUUUCCGAAUCAAUGCAAAAAACCCCAAAAAACUAUGAUGAUCCGUAGGCAUUUCAAAUGGGAGUCAUAAACAUUAAUACCUUGAAUUAAGGAUGUCAAACAGCCUGUUCAUUUCCUCAAAGAAGUCUGCUGUAGCACGCGCCUCACAUGGCAGCCUUUUUAGGUCUAUCAGUGUCUUCAUCCCUAUAUGAUUGGAUGAUUAUUUUUACAAGGGUGAGGAUCCAUCAUUUAAAAUGUAAGAAUACUUGCUUCACAGGCAAAAUAAUUUGAUUAAAAAAAAGAGAUUGAAUUGUGAAAAUGUAUGCAAAAAUUUCUCAUCUUGACUCAUUGUUUUGUACAUUUUUUUAAGUUCCAUUAAUCUUUGUAAAAUAAAAAUCAAAAAAGAAUAGUUGCUCACCAGCUGCCACAGUGUGACGGAACACUUGAGUUGCAAGUCUAACUCGCAUGUUUAUAAAAGGUGGCAGAGUAACAUGCUUUGCAGUGAUCUUUGGAGCCAUGCGGAUGGAGUUUUGCGUGUCCAGUUAAUAAAACAUUUCCAGGUGUUUCCACUGGGCAUGUUUCUCUCCUACCUGUGGUAUAAGAAGAUAGGUGAUGUGAAACACAUGUUUUGAGACUGUUCUUGUGUUUAUAGAGAGAUUGGACCAGAUGAAGACAUCAAGUAUGGUAAAUGAGUUUUUAUAAUGAAACUAACCUUCAGGCCAUGCUUUUUAAGGUUGUUACAGACAGACUUGACAAGAUGAGGCACAUCAAAAAUCAGUGGAAUUUUCUGCCCAUGCACUAAUAUGCAGUGUGCCACAUCUGUACUGUCCAUUAUGUCUAGGCUGGCUCCUAACAGCUUAAGUGUCUUGAUGUUUGAAGAUGAUUGGUCACAGACCACAGAAAUAACCUUUUGUGAGAGAUAGACUGUACAUGUUAACACAACCUCAAUUUCAUUUAAGUAUUAACACAGUAUUUAUUUAACUGGAUUUUAUUCAGACUUACUGUGAAACCAAUCUUGCUUAGGCACCUUACAGCCUCUGACAGUCUGUCUGCUGUCUCUUGUGCAGGGAGACUAUCUUUGGCCAGGAAAUAUCCUAUGGCCUGCAGUGAGCAGAUGAAAAUGUGUUUUCUUUCAUUUGUCCUGAAGACAAAAUAAUCAUUCCAUAAUAUCAGACCACCAGGGUGUAAAAUUAACUCCAGACACCAUCUAAUAGUUAUAAAAGGUUGAGUUUACCGGAUACAUAAGAGGCUACCCAUAAGUGCCAGGUAAAUAAUUGGAUAUCAUCAUAGCUUUUUAAUGUGUGCCUGUUAAAAAACAUUUUUGGCAGUUAAAUUUUAUGAGUUUAACAGCCAUUGACAGAUCAGUCAAUAAGUUAAUUUUACACCGUGCAAAUCAUAUGUAUCAUUCCUAUCAUAGGACCAACAAAACUAUAUCCUGUAACUGUAAUAUUGAUUUGCUCAAAGCAGAAUAGCAUCAAACUAAUAAACGUAAAUUCACUUGCUUCCAUUUUGAGGCCACACCUCGAGCCAUCAAUGCCAUAACUUGGUUAGCCACUUGGCCUUUAGGCGUGAGGCCAUCUAUCCUGUCCAAUGUCAUUUAAAUCCAGAUGUUUUUUAAUGGCCAUCUCAUCAAAAACUAAUGAAACUGCCAGCUCAGAUGGCUUCAUUGUUUUUGCCAGUUGUUCCAUCUGUUUAAGUAUGGGAUCAAGGAAACCUGGCUGUAAAACAGAGGAGCAGUAGCCUGUUAGUGGAAUAGAUCUAAAAAAGUUAAAUUCAGCAAGGAUACAUUUUAUAUGUCAGCUGAUAACUAUAUCAGAAACAUGGUAAUGGUGCAGAAAGUCUAAUAUUGCAAUGUGUUAAGUAACUAUUACUGACAUGCAUUGUGUCCACCAUCUGGAUGCCCCAAUUUGAUGCCCUCUGUGUUGAACUGUGUUUUCUCAAAAAGUACAAAGGUGUUAAAAGAUCACUAUGACAUGAUGUGUGAGAUUCUGAAACUACUCUUACAUGAAAAUGUCCCAGAUUGGUGUUGAUGAAGUGUUGAAGAGCUGAUGGGGACAGAAGAAUAAAAUGCUUCCUCAACGUCCUGUAGGCAUUCGGGCUGUGGUGCAGAAUCUGUAGACUAAGGUUUUUUGUUGACCUUGGGAAUCGUCUUGCUCUCUGUUUUUGGGUGACCAUUUUGACUUGAUGUAGUAAAAACUCUGCAGUCUCAGAAGGCAGAAUUGUCAGGGCAUCUGAGAGUUUUUUCUUUUUCUCCUCAGCUCUAAGUCUUGGGAGAAUAAAAAAGGACUUUACUCUAAAGGGAAGGAGGAUAAGAUAAAAGCACACACACACACACAUACAUACAUACAUACAUACAUACACACACACAGUAGUUACAGGGUUCCUAAACAGUAUGGAAAAGCAUCAAAUUUGUAAUUUCCAGAUCUGGAUAAGUAUGGAUGCAAGAAAACAGACUGUGGAAAAAUGUGUUACUGGAGUAUUGCUGUAUUCUGUUUAAAAUCAAACCAAAGAAGAGAAAGGAAUAGAAGAUAGUGAAAAAAGAAAUACAGGCAAUAUGUUAUUUAUAUAAUGUGUCAUUUUAAUACAGUUUAUUUACAUAAAAAAAUUCAGUUAUUUGUACUCAGAUGUCAUAUAUGAUCUAAGAAAUCUACAGAGAAGUUUUGAAAUUUGAGUCUGGGAAAGUUUGGAAUUUUGAAAAGGAAAAUGUGUAGGAACCCUGUAGUUACACCUCAGCUAUACUGAAUGCAUACUUGGCUUUCAGUUCUUUAACUUGAGCUACCAAUCCCUUUCUCUGCAUCUUCUUGCUGGUCUUUUCUCUCUGAAGCUGAGCUUUCAUCCUUAUUUUCUCUUCACGCCCCCUCUCAAGUUGCUGCUCAAGCUGCAGUCUUUUCAACUGUUCCAGUUGGAGUUCUCCUGAAGCUGUAUAUAGUUUAUAUAUGUACAUGGAAUAACAAAUCAGAAUCUUAAAUUCAAUAUUAUUAUUUAUAUUCAUUAUCUGUAAUUAUCAUUAUGAGUCGGUCAUUUUUUACAACAUAAAUUACAAAAGGACUUGUUACAACUUACUUCAACUACUAUUUUUCACCUUACCUCAGCUACUGGGUCCUUGUAUACUUGUACCACCUUAUUCUCUUCUACUUGUUUUUCUCUCGCUGAUGUUCUGACCUCUCCUUAAAAAUAACAUACCUUAAACAUACUACCAUAUGUGUAAUAUUAUGGUUGAAAGGUGUUGCAUGAAUUGGUUGCUGAAACUAAGCAGUCAAUUUUACCUACCAGUGUUUUCUCUGUUUUGUAGAACACGUCUACCACCAGUUGAUGGUGGGGGAUUAGGGCAGUUAACUCUUGUUGGUAUGGCAUCGUCUGUCAGACGUUUUCUCUGUUGCUGCAAAAUGAAAUCUCAUUAGGACUCUUGUGUAGAAUUAUUCAUUGCACCAUAGAUAACUACAUUGAGUACAUCACCGCUUGACCCAGGGAGAGAAUUUCCUAUUCAUUCCUGUAAAAUCCUUAUUAAAACAUUUUGUUUUCUCAAUCCAAGCCAAUCAGGUCCGAGGUGAAUCAUUAGUUAUUUUGUUUGUUUUAUUGCUCAGAUUUAAAUGUCUUAUGUUCUCCCACAAUUCACCUAAAGCUGAUUGGCUUGGUUCCAGUGUGAUGCACCCAGUGCAGGUCAUUAUUCCCUCUCUCUCAUGGAUGACUGUAGAAUGUGGAGAUUUGUGUGAACUGUAGAAUUCAUGGAAAACUGAUUAAGUAAAGAGGCAGUAUGGCUGUACCGUUUGGUCAAUCAUGCAAGGUUCAAAGUGAACCUCACAAACUCCAUAACCCCAUUUUCUGAGGGUAUCUUGCGACAGCUGGAUCGAUGGGGGUGGGUGAGCAGGCGGGCGGUGGAGUUCUGGAUGUAUUGAAGUUUUUUGAGGACUUUGGAUGAUGAGCCACAGAGGAUGCUGUUGGAUGAAUGCAUGGAUGAGGAUUUCAGCAGCAGAGAAGGUAAGUGAGGGGCGGAGACGGGCGAUGCUCUUGAGGUGGAAGAAGGCAGUCCUGGUGAUCUCCUCAUGCAAUGUAAUCUAUCUUUCUAUGCACUUAAUUUGUCCCUGUGCUAUUGCGCAUAGACUGUGAUUUUACUUUGUGUUACUUACACAAACUUUUCUUAAUUAUUACGUAUGUAUUUUCUUCCAUUAUUGUAGUGUGUGUUUUGCUUUGUAUUGUGUUUUAUGUUACCUUUUGACAAGGUGUAUCUGUGUUCGCUAUGUAACAUCAACCUGCCAAGGGACUACGGAUGGAAAUUAGCCUAUGGCUACAACAGAACCUCUUUAUAUAUAAAUGUUUAUUAACAUUGUCCCUUUUUAAAUA